CGAUUGUCUCCUCCGCCCACUCGAAACUGAGGGGCAGUGGCUUCUUGUUUAAGAUGGCGCUGCGUCCGGGAGCUGGUGGAAGUGGCAGCUUCAUGUUCCCUGUUGGAGGGGGUCUAGGACCACCACAAGGGAUGAUGCCAAUGCAACAGCCCCAGCAGCAACAGCAGCAAAGUUUUCCUGUGAUGCAAGUGAUACAGCCGAACAUGCAAGGCAUAAUUGGUAUGAACUUUGGAUCUCAGAUGCCCCCAGGAGGGCUGCCAUUACAGGGAGGAAUGCAGGUGGGAACUAUUCAGGCGACUGGAAUGCAGUUCAUGGGACAACCACCUUUUAUGGGCAUUAGGACACCUGGGUCUGCAUAUCCACAGCAGUUGGCAGAAGAGCACCAAAAGAGGCUAGAGCAGCAGCAAAGAAUACUGGAAGAGGAUCGCAAAAGGCGCCAAUUUGAGGAGCAGAAGCAGAAGCUGAGACUUCUCAGCAGCGUCAAGCCCAAGAUGGGAGAGAAGAGCAGAGAUGAUGCCUUGGAAGCUAUCAAAGGGAAUCUGGAUGGCUUUAGCAGAGAUGCAAAGAUGCAUCCAUCUUCUGCCUCCCACCCAAAGAAAUCUGACGCUUCAUCAUCUCAUCCUUCUGUCUCCUCUCUCCCCCAACCCCCAAACAUCUCUGGUGAUGACGACGAGUUCAGUGAUUUUAUGCAGGGGCCUGCUGAACCUAUCAGUUCUGCUUCUGCUUCCCAUUCUUCUUUUCAGUUUUUUCAAGCCUCAUCUCUUUCUGUCCAGACGGGGCCUGUGCAGUGCCCUCCAGCACUGCCCAUGGCUCCACUCCGCCCUGUGGCUCCUUCUCAACCUGCAGCGCCCUCUGUACCAAUUGGUUUAACGGCCCAACAUCCUUCUGUUACUUCCAGUUCUCGGUCUUCUCCAAUUAAAGGCGUUUCUUUGGAGCAGAAAGUUGUAUCUUCUACUGACUUUACUACCAAACAGGUCCAAAAUAAGUUAAAUUCAAACCAAACUGUAUCUGAGUUGAGCCACAGAGCUCCAGCCUCUGCCAGUUUUCAGCCCAGUUGUAUGGUGAAAAAAUUGGGCUCAACCUUCAGAGAGGAAGUAGCUGUGCCAGACGUCACCCUCAAGACAGACUCACUGGCUUCAGAAACUGGUGUAGGUGUUUACACCCAACCUGAACCAAUCCAGACGCUAAUGCCGGCUUGGCUCUACAAUGACAGCCUUGUUCCAGAUUUAUACAAAAAAGUUCUAGAUCUCACAUCAACUACAUCAGGAAUUGACACUGCAAAACUGUAUCCAAUUUUGAUGUCCUCCGGACUUCCGAGGGAAGCUUUGGGGCAGAUUUGGGCCACAGCCAAUCGCACUACUCCAGGAAAAUUAACAAAGGAGGAGCUCUAUACAGUAUUAUCGAUGAUUGGAAUUGCUCAGAGAGGCCUUCCAGCAGUGAGCCUUGAUAUCUUAAGCCAGUUCCCAACGCCACCUGUACCCAAUUUGCCUGCCAUACCAAUGUCAAUGCCUGCAGUGAUGUCUGCUCAGUCUAUUAUGUCUGUACCCUCUGUUCCUCCACCAGCUGCUUCAGUAGCCCUCGCGACAGCACAGCCAACCUUAGGAAUUCCUCUGCAAGCACCAGCGGUAGUCCUAACUAGCCAGGCAGCCUUUGUGCCUUCUUUUACUCCUUCCAGUAUAUCAUCCAAAACCGAUGAUGAUGACUUUCAAGACUUUCAGGAAGCUCCAAAACCUGGUUCAAAUGAUGACUCCUUCUCUGAUUUCCAGGGUGAAUCACUACGGUCUUUUUCCAACCCAGGAAGCUCUCAGCUGCAAAACAGUGUUCCAGCAAUGCUGACUCCCAUCUCAGGGAUGUCUGUAUCAUCAUCUGAUAAGUAUGCUGCCUUCAAACAGCUUUCCACUGAUAAAUCAGUGGAAGCAGUAUCUUUGGCAUCAGAUUGUGGUGAUAAAUACAGUGUUUUCAGGGAGCUGGAGCAACCUUUAGAAACCAAGUCUGUUGCUGAAGGAUUUGCAGACUUCAAGUCCUCAAGCACUGAUGAUGGCUUCACAGACUUCAAAACAGCCGACAGCAUCUCCCCUCUAGAGCCUUCAGAAUCAGCCAAGACUUUCCCAAAAAAUUUCCCCUCUCCGUUUCUUCACAACCAGCCUAUACAGCAACAAUUGCCACCCAGUAAAACUAUUCCUCAACCCAAACAGCCCUUAAAUAUGACAGACCUUGAUCUCUUUUCUGGUUUGGGGUCAUCAUCAUCAAUGUCACAGUCAUCUUCUGCUGUUGCCGCCACUGUCACAGCUAGUUCUGUUGGUAAAGUAUCCGUAACAGAGGCUAAACCUAUUACCUUCCCAGCUCCUUCAGUGCCCACUUUAAUGGCAGGAACCAGCAACAAAAAAAUCCACAGUGGUGUGGAUGACUUUGAUGAUUUCACAUUGUUUGGCACCUCAUCUGUGGUCGCUGCUUCAAGCAGUGAGGAUGCUCAGGAUGACUUUGCAGACUUUAUGGCAUUUGGAGGGGCCCCCUCUUCAAGUGGUCUUGAUGAAAAAUCAUUAGAAGAGAAGUCAAAUGUGAGUACUUCAUCUAUAGCUCUGGGAGAAGUACCCCAGCAGUGGCAGCAACAGCAGUCUGAACAGUUGUUGAACAAGUAUGAUGUAUUCAAACAGUUUUCCUUAGAAGCACCCUCUUCCUUAAGCUUUGAUGACCCUAAGGAUGGAGGUGUUACUGUUUCAGGAGUAUCACUAUUAAAGGGUGAUAUUGAUGACUUUGCAGACUUCCAGUCCACUUCCAAAUUGUCAACUGCCUUAUCUGGCUCAGAUAGGAGUUUGGUGGACAAGGUGGCAUCCUUCAAGCAGACCAAGGAGGACUCUGCCUCUGUCAAAUCACUGGAUCUGCCUUCUAUUGGGGGUAGCAGUGUGGGAAAGGAAGAUUCGGAAGAUGCUUUGUCUGUCCAGCUGGACAUGAAGCUCUCAGAUGUUGGUGGAGAUCUCAAACAUGUCAUGUCAGACAGCUCACUGGAUCUGCCAGCAGUCAGUGGUCAUCAACCUCCAGCAGCAGAGCCAGAUGAUUUAAAGUUUGACCCAUUUGGAACCUUUAAUGGCUAUCCAGGUGCCACUGCUGUGAGCAGCCUUGCCAACUACGACUGGUGUGAGCAAGAAGAACAUUUGACCAGUAAGGAUGUGAAAAUGCACCAGAAUGUUGAAUCUGAGGGUGAUGGAGAACCCACUUCCUUAGCUUUGAACAAGAAGGAAACAUCCUUUGGUAGUUCUGAGAAUAUAACCCACACCAUGGCUGCUAUAGUGACAACCUUUCCCACUGAUGAAGCUGCCUCUACAGCAGCCAAGCCUGGGCAACUGCCAGAUGCUGGACCACCUGAGGCAAGCUCAGAAGCUGAUGAAUUUGGGGACUUUGCUAGUACACAUUCAGUUACAUCAAAUUUGUCAUCUGGGUUGACAGAAAAACCCCGGAAUGGCAGCAGGCAUUCAUCUGGUGAUAUGGAUGAUUUUGGUGCUUUUCAAGGUGAAAAACCCAAAUUUGGCAAAUUUGACUUUCUUAUGGCCAGCUCCCAGACUAAAGUCAAGUCAAGUGAAGAGAUGAUUCAGAGUGAAUUGGCCACAUUUGACCUUUCUGUUCAAGGUUCUCACAAAAGAAGUUUGAGCCUUGGAGAUAAAGAGAUUAACCGAUCGGCUUCAAACACAGCACCAGAACAGCAAUUUCGUGAUCGCUCCAAUACAUUGAGUGAGAAGCCUGCUCUGCCCAUCAUCCGUGACAAAUACAAAGAUCUCACUGGGGAAGUUGAGGAGAGCGAGCGCUAUGCCUUUGAAUGGCAGAGAUGUCUGGAGAGUGCCUUAAAAGUCAUUGAUAAAGCCAAUGAUACACUGAAUGGAAUCAGCAGCUCUUCUGUCUGCACCGAAGUUAUUCAGUCUGCCCAGGGAAUGGAAUAUCUUCAGGGUGUUGUGGAAGUUUACAGAGUCUCAAAACGUGUGGAGCUGGGCAUCAAGGCAACAGCAGUUUGCAGUGAGAAGCUUCAGCAGCUUCUGAAGGAUAUCAACCGAGUUUGGAACAACCUAAUGGGGUUCAUGUCCAUUGCUAAUGUAUCACCGGAUGAAAAUUCCUUGGAUUUCUCUUCAUGUAUUCUUCGCCACGGCAUCAGGAAUGCUAAGGAACUUGCAUGUGGGGUUUGUCUUCUAAAUGUUGAUUCAAGGAGUAAAAUGCAAGAAAAAUCUAAACAGCAGAAAACUAAAAAAGCCUUCAACUCAGAAACGGACAACUUUAAGCUGCUUUAUGGAGGUCACCAGUACCAUGCCAGCUGUGCCAACUUUUGGAUUAACUGUGUAGAACCAAAGCCCCCAGGACUGAUCCUGCCAGACCUGCUGUGAGCUGCGAUGCUGACCUGGAGGAUGAUGGCUGAUGGAGUGGACUCCUCCACAGUGGUAUCUUCACCUCUUUAUCACGCGGUGCCCCAUCUCUAACCACACUUGGCCUGUAGUUGGAGGGCAUUAGUUGUAACUGGACUUCUGGUCAUUCACUAAUUUAUUUUCAUUGUCAGUUAAAGUAACAUUUGGAGGAUUUGUAUUUAUUCCAUUUUGAGGGGUGGCAUAUACUAUUGAGGAGAGACGUUUAUGUAUAUAUGGUCUUAUAAAAAAGAAAUGUAAACCUUAACUGGGAAAUAAAGUGGUUGGUUGCU